AUGAUGGUUAACGCCAAGUGUGCCGCUAUGUUGGCUUCCUUGCAUAAAAUAACUGUAUUUUUGGUCGGAGCUUUGGUUCAAUACAUUGUCGCUCAGGUUUCCAAUUUUAUUAAUAGCAGAAAAGAAAUUGAUAAGGAAUGGGAUGAUAACCGCCUAACUACGAGUAAUGAUUACGCUAUGUAUGUCCAAUCCCAAACCCAUGAGACCGUGCAUUUCGAAGAUUUGCUUCAUAGGCAUGUGAAUGCUCCUGAAUUUCUUCGCAAGUACUACGUUUACCUCAAAAACACAACAUUGACUCAACACGGGUGUCUGUCAACACAACGGGUUACUGGAGGCGCUGAAACAUAUGAUUAUAACGCCUAUGUUAACAUUGCUUACACAAAUUUAAAAAUAUUACAUUCCUCCUGA